GGGUUAAGGAACAACUUACAAGAGAGAAUGACGAUCUUAAACAGAAAAAUGCCAGCCUUGAGCAGCAGAAGGAUGAGCUGGAAGUACGAAUGAGUGCUCUGCGUUCUCAGUAUGAUGGGCGGAUUUCUCGUCUAGAGAGGGAUUUAAGAGAGCAACUAGAACGGCACCAUGAACAACGUGAGGAGCCUCAAGAAACUACCAGGUGCAAGCACUUCUGAAACUCCAACUGCAAACAUUAAGCCAACUCCAAGUAAAGUGAUUACGGCUCCUGUACCGGUAAACAAAUCCACGCCUAGAGCUAGCAUUCGUCCUAUGGUUACUCCUGCAGCUGUUUCCACUCCAACCCCGACAGCAACAGUCAUGCCUAAAACCCAAGUUGAUACACAAGAAGGUAUGGACCAGAUAUAAAAUGUCUCUUCAUAGUAGGGAUGCACCGAAUCCAGGAUUUGGUUGACCAGAGCAAUCCCUGGGUGGAGUAAUUGCACAACCAGGUCAUACCUUCUAACAUUGGACUUGAAUACCAACUUGAACUUUUAUACUAAAACUUUUAUUGCUAAAGCCCUGUUUCAAGCCAAAAGGAUGCUUACUUUGCAUUGGAAGGACUCCUCUCCCCCAUUGGUGCGUGAAUGGCAUAAAGCGAUGAAAGAUCAAGCAGCAAUGGAAAAAGCAAUAAUGGUCAAAAAAGGCCGCUUGGACAAAAACACCCUUAUCUGGCAGUACUGGACGGUAAACCAAAAUACACCGCCCUUCCCCUCUCGGGGGAAACGAAAAUGGGGUUAUGAAGAAGAAGAGCAAGAAGAUGACGAUGAAGAUGAGGACGACACUGGCAUAGGGGAGGGGGAUGAUAGCAACGAAGAGACUGGCAGUGCUGAUGGUAAUGAAGAUUAUGAAGGAGAUGAUGCUGAAGGAGCUGAUUGUACAGAUCCUGAUACUGAGACAGAGGAUGGCAUGAUUGCGGUAGAAGACAACCAAAGGGCAGCAGACUCGCAGAAUAUUGGGGAUUCUGGUGCAGGUACUGCAGAAUCUACAUUUCCUCAAGAAACAAGAGAACAACCUUCAUCUGCUUCAGACAGGCAAGGCCCCCGGCCUCCACAAUCACCUCGAAGGCAAGCCCACCCUCCACGUCUGACCAUCCUUGCUCCACCACAGGAGCUAGGACCACCACCAGCACAGAGAAUUCCAGUGCCACGCAGGCAAUCUGUGGGACGUGGCCUUCAACUUACACCUGGUGUAGGUGCCAUGCAACACUUUUUUGAUGAAGAAGAUAGGACAGUGCCUAGCACACCCACACUUGUGGUACCGCAUCGGACAGAUGGCUUUGCAGAAGCUAUUCAUUCCCCACAGGUAGCAGGUGUACCUCGUUUCAGAUUUGGUCCACCAGAAGAUAUGCCACAGGCUAGCUCUAGCCAUUGGGACCUUGGCCAACUUGCCUCUCAAGGAGGUUUAGGAAUGUAUGAAACUCCCCUCUUCCUUGCACAUGAAGAAGAGUCGGGUGGUCGCAGUGUUCCAACAACACCACUACAAGUUGCUGCACCUGUCUCAGUCUUUGCUGAGAAUCCAGCUGCCGAUACUUCCGAUCACGCCUCCCAGUCUGUUCCAAUGGUGACCACAUCUACUGGGAAUGUUCCCACAUCUGUGGACUCUGGAGCUGCUGAUGAAGGGGAUGAAGUAUUUGUGGAGGCAGAAUCUGAAGGAAUUGGUGCAGAAUCCACACUUGAGAUGGACACCCAACAGGAGGAACCUGUUCAACCUUCUGAGGCAGAUCUUCCUUCCACGAGUCAAGACCCACCUACAGUUCUAUUGCUGACACAAGCAGUAGCAAACCAAAGCCCCGAAGAGUAUGGCUCCAACCACAGCCCGGUGGCCGUCCAUUUAAAAGAUCAAGAGGUUUGUGUAUUGUUUAGUCAAACCCGCCUGCUACCUUAUAUUUGAGGACAUGCCUACUAGGUAGAAAAGAUUUUGCUCAUUUGUUGGCAAUUUGUGAAUAGGCUGUAGUCCUCAAAAUUGUAUUUUUGAAAAUAUGCUGUUCGUCUUAGACUAGGUUCCUACUUAAGUCCCAUAUACAGUUGUGCUGAACUGUCCUGGUAUUAGUAUUCUAUAACUUCAAAAAAGAUCUAGGCCACUUUAAUAACUCACUCAGAUAUAGCAGAACAUUUAUUUUAAUCAGUAGAAAUAGCACUACAACCAUUUUCAUUUAGUUACAUGUCUAACUAUAGUUAAGAGUAGGGAUGCACUGAAUUCGGGAUUCGGCCGAACCGAAACCUAAUUUGCAUUUGGGAAAUCACAUGACUUUUUGUCGCAAAACAAGGAAGUAAAAAAUGUUUUCCCCUUUCCUCCCCUAAUUUGCAUAUGCAAAUUAGGAUUUGGUUCAGUAUUCGCCCAAAUCUUUUGUGAAGGAUUCAGGGGUUCAGCCGAAUCCAAAAUAGUGGGUUGGGUUCACCCCUAGUUAAGAGAUUCCUAUGUUCCCUGCAGUUGUUGCCUUUGAGCACACAGUAGCUGCAGACCAGGUAGUUAAAGGAGAAUGAAAUUUAAAUAUACCACUUUAAAUCGCCCUUCCCAAAAUGAAUACUCCAUGAAUAUGCCAAAACUGGCACUCUGAAAUCAAAACCGGAGUACUCCUUUUGUGGCUACUCUGUUACAAGUCUAUAUACUGAAUAUUCUGGUGCUGCUCUGGUAUCUGUGCCCGAGGUUCUGUGAACUGCACAUGAAUUCUGGAAAAUGGAGCUCUCUUCUGCUCAUGUACCAAUUGCCAGCCACACCUGUAGUGUUGCCCACAUUUGGCUCAAAACAGGAUUGGGCCUGAGUUUAAGGGACCCUGAAAAAAAAUAUAUACGUUCCCCUCUUAAAUCUGCACAUAGACAAAUACCAUGAGAAAAUAAUAACAUGAGAAGUUCUGUAGCUUAUGAACGAUCAUCACUGCCUGAUCCAAGUAACCCACAGUAGAAUGUUGAGCAGAAUUUGAUUUAGUCCAGGAAAGUUUCCCGUUUAAUGUAUGAAUGAAAAAAUGAAUGAAAUCACUGACCAUUCACACAAGCUUGUUAAAGAAACUAAAAUUUAUUCAUAUAAUAUUUUGUUGUGGCGAGAGACCAGUUAUAAAAAUAGACGCAAUCCUGCAGUUUCUGGUCUUUUCUGCUAUGGUGAUGGUAUAUUCAAUGACAUCACUGCAAAAGUUACAGAGUAAAUAGAUGUAUCCCCCACACACACAUUCAUUUGCAUUAUGUCUGGUUUCUGCAUUUUAUUUUUGAGACCCCUAUAAUUGCACACAAAGAGGUUCUUUCAUGCAACAAUUGAUAUGGUUGCUACAGUCCCCAUGCCUUUUUUUUAUUUUUUUUUAUUUAGUUUGUUGACUUGUGAGCUAGUUAGUCAAUAUUAAUGUAUGUCUUUUGUUCCCCCCCCCGGUGGCUCUGAAUUUCGGGGAAGAGGUGGAAUAAACCGAAGUAACAUUUAAUGCACGUUUUCUGCAUUUGUGAAUAAAUAGGCUUUUCUGUUGUGUUUUUAGAAUGAUCGUAAAUCUUAAGCUUUUUUUUUUUUUUUUUCUAUGAGCGAAAAUUAAAUUCUUUAUUAAUAAAUCGUUUUCUUUGUCUCAUUCUUUGCAUUUGUACCAGUCCUUUGAUAUUUUCUGUUCAGAGUUGGGCGGCGGCUUCACUGCAACUUUACUGGUUAUGUUUAUGUUGUAAUAUUUCUCUGGAAUAAAUAAAAAUGACACGUCAGAAUAAAUGAGAAAAUAUACACAUUUCUGGGUUAUU